UAAAAGUCUAAACCAAAAAAAAAAUCCUCCAUUAACGAACCUUAAUCAUCUCCCAACAAUGGCGAUUACCCCCUCUUCCUUUCUCCCUCAAAUCCUCCUUCCCUUCCUUAUUUGUUCUCUCCUUCUCCCUCAAAUCCUAUCGGAAAUUCAUUUCACACAAAUCCGCUCCAAUUCCCAUCCCAUAAUCCCAUUCGACGAAUUCGGGUUCACACAUUCCGGAUUCCUUAACCUCAACGUUACUCUCCUCUCUCUCCGUCUCCAUAACCUCCAAUCCUCUCCCAUUAAUAACCCUAAUGAUCUUUCUCUCCUCGGAUUCUUCCUCUGUACCCGCGAUUCAUGGUCUCACGUCAUCAAUCAACUCGACCAAAACGACAUCGUUUGUCCCCUUCAAUCAGACCUAAUCAAACCCGUUUUCACAUUUGAUCGUCUCAAUAAUGGCGGUCUUACUCAUUUCAAUCUCUCUAUUCAAAUUACAAACCCUAAUUUAUAUGCCCUCGUUUUCUCAAAUUGUAUCCCUAAUCUUCAAAUCUCCAUGGAUGUUCUUUCGUCAAUGUAUAAUUUGAACCCCAAAACCAACUCCAAAUCUUAUCUUUCUAUCGGUAACUCUAAUCUACCUUCAAUUUAUUUCAUUUUUGCCCUAAUUUGCGUAACCUUAAUUGUCAUCUGGGUAAUUACUCUAUUAUCAAAACGAACCAAAAUUUUUCAAAUUCAUUUCUUCAUGCUUGCUGUUCUUAUAUUAAAAGCAUUGAAUUUACUAUCAGAAGCUGAAGAUAAAUCCUUCAUCAAAAGAACAGGAACUGCCCAUGGAUGGGAUGUUUUGUUCUACAUUUUCAGCUUCCUAAAGGGGAUUUCAUUGUUUACUUUGAUUGUUCUAAUUGGAACUGGUUGGUCUUUUUUAAAAACCUAUUUACAAGAUAAAGAAAAGAAGGUUUUGAUGAUUGUGAUCCCACUUCAAGUAAUUGCAAAUGUUGCUCAAGUUGUGAUUGAUGAAACAGGGCCUUAUGGUGUUGAUUCAUAUACAUGGAAGCAAGUGUUUUUGCUUGUUGAUAUUGUUUGUUGUUGUUCUGUGUUGUUUCCCAUUGUAUGGUCUAUUGAGAAGCUUAGGGCAGCUGAUAAGAGUGAUGGUAAGGCUAAGGUGAAUUUGAUGAAAUUGACAUUGUUUAAGCAUUACUAUGUUGUGGUAAUUUGUUACAUAUAUUUCACUAGAGUGAUUGUUUAUGGAUUGGAGACGAUCACGAGUUAUCGAUUCGAAUGGACUAGUGUUGUUGCUGGUGAAUUGGGGACUGUUUUGUUUUAUGUUUUUACGGGGUAUACUUUUAGGCCGAAACCAUGUAAUUCGUAUUUUGUGAUUGAUGAUGAGGAAGAAGAAGCUGCUCUUGAAAUGUUGAGGAUGGAUGGAGGGAAAUCUUAGACAGUGUCAUUUGAUUCGCUAAACAAAAUGAAAUAUGAUCAUUCUCCUAAACUGCAAAUUAGCUAAUGAAUUAUGUAACAAUAUCUUAGAUCAUUCUCCUAUUGGUAAUGAUUUUGAAUUCAGAUGCUCGAUCUUGAUCUCAUUUGUUGAGCUCCCUAGCAUAGCAAUCAACCAACUUGUUGGCACUAAUGUCUUGUUUUAACUAUACAUAUAUGUAUGUUUGUUUAGUAAGCUAGAUUAACAUAAGUUAUUGUAGGAAUUUGAUAGAAUAUACUUCUAUCUAUUCUAUACUCUAAUACUUCUAUGAUGAGACUUAUAAUUCUUUCAUUCUUUUAUAAUUGUGGUGUUUUUUCUUGUUAGUUGUAACCUUG